AUGGAAAAUAACGCUGUCGAAAGCGAUUUUGGUCAGGCGCUCGGUGAAAGACAAACUCGUCGUGUUUAUCUGAUCACUUAUUCCCAGGCAGAUUUGGGGAAAAUAGCAAAUUGCCAGGCGUUUGCUGAUUGUAUUCUUGAGGCAUUUUCACAAUCACAAGGAAAUCAAAAGGAUAAUACGAACCAUCCAGAACACUGGUCAUGCUGCAUGGAGGAACAUAGAGAUGGGGGAAAGCAUUACCACUUGGCUAUCAAACUAAGUGCACCAAGGCGGUGGAAAGCCGUGAAAAAUUAUGUAAGCAAAAAGCAUGGAAUUGCCUUGCAUUUUCCGACCAAUCAUGUGGUUACCAUGUCGCCUACAAAUACGUCUGCAAGAACAAGUCAUUCACCGACGUAUUACACAGCCCUGGCCACCCAAAUUUACAAGAAAUUGGCUCACCAAAAACCAAACGUGCUUUCACACAGUUUUCUGAUAACGCGAAGAAAAGGAGAAUCUCAGCACCAACUAACAAUGAGAAAAUUAAGGAAAACCUACCAAGUUCUUCGAAACCCAAGAAGUUAUCCAACAUCGAUGUUUCUGAAUUUAUUGUCGCAAAUGAUAUUAGAAGCGAUAGUGAGUUAAUGGUCGUUGCAAAAACUCGUCAUUCUGAGGGCGAAAAGGAUUUGUACAAAUUUAUCAUAAACAAAUCUUCAAAGUCUCUAUCAGAACUCUUGGACAUGACUUGGAAAAUGAAUGACGCUUCCAAAAAUGUCCAAAGAGCGAAAGAAUCAAGAAUAUCAAUCCUUAGAGCUCAUCUCGAAAGCGAAUGUUUACCUUUAUGCAACGGAGAGUGGUUGGUGUGUGCAAAACAAGUCCUACAUCAAAAUGAAAUUAAUUUAUAUUACUUUGCUUCAGCCUUGCGUCAGCUUCUUGAGAGGGGAAGACAGAAGCGCUUGAACGUUUUGCUCAUUGGUCCCACGAAUUGCGGAAAGUCAUUUCUUCUCAAUCCUCUGGAGUUAAUAUACAAAACGUUCAUAAAUCCUGCUACGGGAAAGUAUGCUUGGGUUGGAUUAGAGGAAUGUGAGGUCGCAUACUUGAAUGAUUUUCGAUGGUCACCAGAAUUGAUCGAGUGGAGUGACUUUUUGUUGCUACUGGAAGGGCAGACAGUUCAUCUUCCAAGGCCAAAGAAUAUGUUUGCCACUGAUUUGUGUAUUCCACGAGAAAACACCAUCCCAAUAUUCGCUACCAGUAAGGGGCCGAUUGAGUUUUGGGGGAAAUAUAAUAGUCGUGACGAGCGUGAGAAUGAUAUGAUGUCCUCCAGAUGGAAUAUAUUUAAGUUUAGCGUCCAAAUUCCAUCAAAUGAAAGUAAGGACAUACCAGCAUGUGCUCGUUGCUUCAGCAAUCUAGUCAUGUCUGGAAGUGAUGUUGAAUAA